AUGUCAGAUGCUUUAAGGUCAAAGGGUGAAAUUGUUCUAAAUGUAGCAUCAAGCGGUAUAGCUUCACUACUACUACAUGGUUGUAGGACUGCUCACUUAAGGUUUGCUAUACCCAUUGCUGUGAAUGAAGUCACUUGCAACAUUAAGCAAGGUAGUCCACUUGCUGAAUUGAUCGUAAAAGCAAAGUUGAUCAUAUGGGAUGAAGCUCCUAUGAUGCACAAAAAUUGUUUUGAAGCAUUGGAUAGGACAGUGAGAGUUAUAAUGCGUUUCACAAAUUUAAGAAGUUCAGAAAUGUCAUUUGGUGGAAAAACAGUUGUCCUGGGUGGUGAUUUUUGA